UAACACGCCUUCCUUUUUUCAUGCUGCCCAGAUAACAAACGGAAAAUUACGCUGAAGCAACUGAAGCAUAAAGCAUCUUCGCUCUGAGUUUGGUUUCAUUUCACUGCAAACCACCACCGCUACUGAAAGCAAGCCUUGCUUCCUCCCUCCCUCACUUGCAGUCAUGGCAGGACAAACUACUACUAUUGUGACAACCCAACAUCUCUCCUCUGGUACCUGGACUACAGGCGUCUGUGACUGCUGUUCUGAUAUGGGCACUUGUUGUUGUGGCCUUUGCUGUUUCCCCUGUAUGCAGUGUCAGACUGUAUCUCAGUUUGGCUGGUGUUUCUGCAUGCCAUUGCUGGACUGCUGCAUGGUGGUAUCUUGCUGUCUGCGUCAGAAGAUGAGAGCGCAAUAUAACAUUAAUGGUUCCUGCUGUGAUGAUUUUUGCACUCUCUGCUUCUGUUAUCCUUGUGCCUGGUGUCAGAUGUCUCGAGAAAUCAAGAUUCGUGCUCGUUCUGGCAGUGUAGUCACCCAACAAAUCACACACAGUUAGAGAUCUGUUUUGCAGUGAGUCUUGGUAGUAUGGGCAAAAAGUCAUGCAGGUGAUGAAAAUUGAUGCCCCCUCUACCUAGUGGUGAUAAUGUAAACAGCAAAGUCUCUUAUGUAGUAGGCUUCACUGUGUGGCUUUUUUUUACAAUGUUUUUUUUAUAAGUUUCUUAUGUUCUGCAACCAAUACACAGAUGUUUGUAACUCACUUUUUUCAUUCUGUUAAAAAUUACAAAAAAUAGAAACAACAGAUAUAUGUGACAUGAAAUAAAUGAUGUUUGUGACACCA